CCAUUCAUAGGUGGAUUGAGAAUGAAAUGUAGAUGCUAGCUGUCAAGGAUGACUUAGGACAUCUGCGGAGUUGCCAAAAACAUAGCUGUAAGAAAAGGUAGCAUCUAUUUUAGUCAUUGAUCGCUUUACUUACGGCUCAGUUAAGUGUCGAAUGAAGUAUUUGUCAUGGCUUUUAGGCGAACGGUGAAGAAUGUCGUGCGAAACUUUAAUGACAUUGAGGUGAAAGUUCGGGAGGCAACUUCAAACGACCCAUGGGGGCCUUCCAGUUCGUUAAUGGGAGAGAUAGCAGACGCCACGUAUAAUGUAUCGGCAUUUUCCUCUAUCAUGAGUAUGUUGUGGAAGCGCCUAAAUGACCACGGUAAAAAUUGGCGACAUGUGUAUAAAUCAUUAACAGUUCUGGACUAUAUAAUCAAGACAGGUAGUGAACGUGUUGCACAGCAAUGUCGUGAAAACCUCUUCGCUAUCCAGACACUCAAAGACUUUCAGUUCAUUGACAAAGAUGGAAAAGAUCAAGGAGUUAACGUCAGAGAAAAGUCAAAACAAAUUGUUUCGUUGCUAAAAGACGAUGAAAGAUUGAAGAACGAACGGCAAAGGGCACUCAAGGCGAAGGAAAGAUUUGCACAGUCGCAGGGUGGAGUUGGCAACAAGAACUUCAGACAGAACAAGAAAUUUACUUCAUCCUAUCCAACAGCUACUGGUGACAUAAAAGGUGGCACCGAUGAUAACUCAUCACCACCAGGUUGGGAUUCAGACCAAAAGAGUACAGACAGUCAAGAUGGUAAGCUAAGUAAUGAUUAUGAAAAAGCUAGGCCAUCAAAUGAAGCUGAGGAGGAAAUGCAGUUGCAGAUAGCACUUGCUAUGAGCAGAGAAGAGGCAGAACAAGAUAAAAGACUUGGAGAUGGAGAUCAGAAACGUCUGGCCAUGGCUUUGAAGGAGAAUGGUACAAUGCAGCAAGAAGGAGGGGGCUCCACAUUAUUGGAUUUAACUGCCCCAUCUCCUGGCCCAACCAAAAAUGCCACUCCCUUUGACCCAUGGGCCAGCCCAGGACAAGCCCCUGCACAAGAGCAGCCUUCAUUUAGCUCACCUGCAAAUAGCCCUUGGAGUACACAAACAACCAAUGCUCCUACUUCAAUUCAAAGUUCAUUUAACACCAACCCACAGCCCCAGCCAGAUCCAUGGGCACCAAUAACAAGUGCACCAGCUCCAGCACCAGAUCCUUGGAACCAAUCAGCAAAUUUUCCAAAAACAGCACCAGAUCAAUGGGUUGCAUCACCACAAACAAAUGUCGAUCCAUGGGCGACUUCACCUGUGACCAGUUUACAAAAUGUUCCUUCUGAUCCAUUUGGUUCUCAAUUGCCUAGCUCUCAGAGUAACAGUAAUGGUUUUGACCCAAGGGCAGACCCAACAGAUAUGCAAUCAAUGGAGGCCAACAAUCCAUUUGAUCUUACAGGAGUUAGUGGUGUAUUACCUCAAUCAAAUGAGCAAAAAUCUGACUUCCUUGGUACAAACUCAAAGCUAGUAGAUCUUGAUGAUAUUCUGGGAUCAAAAAGCUCUGAUUCUGCAACAACAAAUCCAUUUGCGACUACUUUAGUGCCAAAAGCAACCAAUCCCUUCGCUGUUGACAAACCAAAGGCAAAGUCUAUAAAUGAACUACGCUCUGAGCAGUCUUCAUUUGUUGCGGCCCCAGCCAGUGGAUCACCGGCAGAUGUCUUGUUACCAACCCCUCUUAUACCAGACCAAUCUAAUACUGGAACUCAAAGUGCGAACCCAUUCCUUCUUUAAAAUCAAAGGUAAUUAAACUCUCCAGAAUAUGUCUUAACCGUAAUAUUGUGAUAAAUCUCAGCAUGAUAUUUUGUGUUCGUUGUGAUAUCCAAAUUAGCAUUUUCCCAAUCUAUUGAACAUUUUUCCAUGAUUCUAAUGCAUGUAAGUGUCAAAUUUUAAGCCAUUUACAGCUUUUUUCCAAUAGCAAUGCCCUAUUGGAUCUGGUAAGAAUUCCUAAUUUGUUCUCAAGCAUGAAAUUUUGGUUUAAAAUUUUGCAGUGCUUCUGUUUUUUCCUCUGUAUUGCACAAAAUAUAUCUAGGAAGAAAUAUCAAUGGCUUUUUCUAAAAGAUAGUAUGAAUAAGAAAGCUUUUGAAAUUUUCUUUUGAUUAUGUACCUCAGAAUAAUUCCAUCGUGUGCCUUCUUAACUCUACAAAAAGUAAAAAAGUAAUUUCUUGUAAAAUUUAUUUUUGUUUGAAAGAAAUAUAUCAUGUUUUUUUAUAAAAUGAAGUUUGAAUUUAAUGGUAUAUGAAAUAUCAAAAUAGGGGAGUCUACACACACAGAUCUUAAUACCUUGCCAGAAACAUGAGUUGCAUGUUUUUGUUUUUAUGGUUAACAAAAGCCAGAUCAACAUUAGCUAUGAUAAAGCAUUUGAUUUUUGUCUUUCACUGGUUUUCACAACUAUGAUAGUAAUUUUGCUUUUAUUGUCUUCAAACCAAUUGCAUUUUAUUAGCAUUCAUUUAUUAAGUUUUAAGUCACCUAAUCUAUUAAGUUUCUGACUAGAAAGUAUUGAAAGAAGUAAUUUCACCAAAUUAUGCCUAGCUUUAAUCCCCCAAGAAUUCCCCAAAUUAUGCCUAGGUUUUAAUCCCCCCAAAAAUGUGCUCAUGGGCAAAAUGCAGUUUGCUUGUAGUACUGUAAAGUAGCUGAGGUUGUUUGGUGUGAAAUAUUCUAGACUUAUUAAAGUAUUGCUAAAAAGUGGCUUCUUUCCUGCUAAGUGUGUUGUAACUGGGGUUCCCAUUCUUAACUACCUUAGAUGAAUUGCACUUAAUACAAUUAGAGCAACCUGUAUUCAAAUGCCUAAUUUCGUUCUGGUGCCUUUGGUGGCAAAAUUUGCAAAAAUGCAAGGUAAUUUUUGCAUUAUUGGUAAAAAGCUUGUUGUUUUGCUUUAAAACCUGAUUAACUACACAUUUUCACUGAAAGUUUAAACAUGCUCAUUGGUAUGCUUUUAUGAUUUGGCAAGACCCAUAAAUUUUAAACUGGGUAUGUUUUUCAAUAAGUUAAUAGUCCUUCCUCUACCUUUCACGUGGAAUCAAUUGUCUGUUGCUCCAUGAAGCUAGUUAAGUUAACAUUGUCUUUUCUUGGAAUAGAUAUUUAUUCACCUUUUCAUACUAUUUUUUGGUCAAAAAACUCUUCAAGUUGUAUUCUUGGUAGAUUUGUAGUAACUGAAGCUAAGGUGUAACUAUAAAAAGCAUUUUCAAGAAAAUCUCUGAUCGUGAGAUAAUUUACAGAAUUAUAACUUUUGGUUUAAUAUUGCACAAUGUAGUAGAUUUAUUUACAGCAAAUAUACUUUGUGGACAGUUGUAUGUUAGAUAAUAUAUAUCCUUAAACAUAUCUGUUAGCAUGAGGAAUAGCUGAAAAUCUUGUGCAAGUCCCCCAACUUCCUGUACAUUUUGCUUAUUUGUUAAUCACCUUGUAUUCAGCUGCAGAAGAAUUAAUCAGAUGCAUAUUUAUUUGACCAUUA